GAGUCGGCCGGGAGCUCGGACGCGGGAGAGAAGCGUCCGCCGAAGCCAGAGCCGCGCGGCGUCGGGAGGCGGUGGGAAUGGAGCCGUCAGCUGGCGCGGCGCGAGGCAGGCGCCGCCUACGGGACUCGCUGCUCAGACGCCCUCCGGACUUCUACCUCCUGUGGAACAUUGCCGUCGCGGUGGCGCUCGUCGGUAUGUUCAUCUACCUGGUGUUUUUCUUUGAGUAGACGCCCAGAGCCUAAUACCCCCGGCGUGGUAGCAGUGAGACUAACCCUUAUUGAUUGGCAGCGAGGAGGAGGAGGAGGAGGAGGAGGAAGCGAGGCCAGAGGAGGAGGAGGGAGGGAGUGAAGUCAGCUGACAUAAAUAUCAGGCAGGUGACAGGCGCCUGCAUGACUGCCAGCUGGGGGCCGCAGACUCACGCCCGCAAUUAGCUGCAGCCUUAGUGCAGCUGACCCGGCCGGAGGGAUCCCAGGCCUGCCGUCUCCCGCCCUCAGGCAGGCAGGGUUGGCUGAAAGGAGCCAUCUGCUUGGAGAGAGGAAGUCAGGUGGCGGUUCCUGAGUGGGUGAAAGGCCUGGUUGCCUGAGAGACUGGUCCGGCGUAGAAGCCCGAGCCGUCUAGCCAUGGAGGUCGAGGAGUCCCGUGUCAGGGAGUUGCACGCUGCCUACCUGUGCGUCAAGCCCACCGUCGCGGAAGACCUUGCGAGCUGUGAGGAGUUCAAACGGGCCCUCCAGUAUGCGGGCCACAACCCCACGCCGAAGUUCCUCUCGGAGCACUGGAGGGACGGCCAGACGGAAAGCAUCACCUAUGAGAGGUUCUGCAGCGUUGCCGAGAAACUCCCUGAGACGAUCAUCGACGACAUCGAAACCUUGUUCAUGAAGGUAUUUGGAGUCGCCGACGGAAAAGUGGGUGAAAACGACUUCCGCAAACUCCUGAUGACGAACGAGAGCCUGGGUGAUCUCAGUGAAGCUGAUCUCGACUACAUCUUGCAGGAUGCAAAUGUCAUUGAAAAUGGGGUUGUUGACUGCAGUAAGCUGGGGAAAGUGAUCAUGCACACCAUCAGCGAAAUGAAGCAGAUGAGCCUGCAGAAGCUGGAGGAGCGGUCCAACCUCCAGCGCAUCAACUCCAAGACUUUCACCAGGAAGAAGCGCGAGAAGUUUUCCGGGCCAGAGGGGAGUCCACGCUCCCUCCACUUGGUCUCGGCUCUGAACGUCGAUGGCUGGAGUGAGUCCAGUCUGAAGGGCUGUUUUUACUUGGACAAGGUGAACAUUCUAGCCCACCAGUAUUCCCUGGAGAUCACAUGCAUGGGGCCGACAGUGGUGAAGAUGACCCCCAAGGUCAGCCCCAAAAAUACAACAGAUGAAGUGGUGGACGCCCUGGCGUACGUGUUUCGGGAAUCGCCAGAAGGAAUGAGGAAUUAUGUUGGCUUCACCGAUAAGAGAGACAGCGACGGCUCAUAUUACUGGCACGACGUCCUGAAGGAGGGGCGGUACGUCGUGAUUCCCUUCACCAGUGGGUGCCGGCUGCAGGAGAGAACGAGCGAGCCAGAGGGACAGAUUGACCUUGUAGAAAGCAAAGGGAAAGUCAACCUCACACCUGAAUUCAGAUUAGUCCUCGAGGAGAUUUUCCACCAGGUCGACCUCGACGGGAAUGGACGACUCAAUCGCCAGGAGUUCAACCUCUACAACUGGAGGACCUCGGGCGAGGAAGUCCAGGACGACGAGUGGGCGGUCGUGCAGAGCAACUUUGAUGUGGAGGCCGAUGAGCUGACACUCAGUGGGUUCCUGGCCCUGCACCAGCUGGAGGCAGAGGACAACGGAGGCGAUACGGACGACCUGUGGGUGUCGCUCGAGGCCAUGGGGUACAACCGGAUGGGCCAGCAGGACCAGGCAGCGCCAUUUGUGUUGAGUGUCUUCAGCCAGGUGUGUCAGCCCACUCUCCUGGUUUCUGGCCUGAAGAGUGGAGGUCUGCUGUUGGACAAGGCUGUCAUUCGAUCCAUCAUGGAAAACGCAGAACCCAUCAAGAUCAAGAAUAUGAUCGACCUCAUCAAGUAUGAAUUCCUGGGCAAAGAUCGUGGCAGCAUCGUCAUCCAGAAUAAGGCCCACAGCAAGGUCAUGGUCCGCGUCGAUUGUUCCGGUAGUACAAAUGUGGCCACGAACAGGCCAAACUUAGACUGGACUGUCGAAGUGGCUGGAAAAUCUGCAAUAAUAGCCCACCAGUUGAUGCCAAAGAAACUUGGAGAACCUUGGAAUGUGGUUUGCGAGGUUGUGUGUAAGAACGAUCUUGCCGAAGAAGAAGAAUAACCC